ACCUCAAGUGUAAAUUCAUGGCUUGUAACUCUCUAUUCUACUCUAUGACCUUAUUUUAUUUGCUGCAAUGUGAUACAUAUUCAGUAAUGCUAAUGAGAAUAUUUCAUGUUGUUUGUUUCUCAGGCAAAUGUUUUAUAUCAACAUCAUGGUUGGGAUGUUGUUGUUUUGUACUUCAAUAAAUAUGGUACUGGUACAUCUGUACAUACUUAUGGCACAUCUGGUGCUGGGCUAAAAUUUGUGGGGUCAGAUGAAAGCAAUGCAUCAAAAUAUGGUCGAGUAACCACAAAGCUCUUCAAACAAUUUGUCAAAGACGUUCAUGGCAGUGAUAAUACCAUGGAUGAUGACCCUGACGAUCCAUCAGUUACUGUCAGUUUUGGAAAUGAUACAAUGUCGGUAAUUUGUACUGGUAUCGCACCAGAAGGUGGGGAUGGUACCACAGAGAAUUCAGCAGAUCAGACUGGGGGACUAGAUGGGUGUCAGGCAGGUGGUGUGGGGCAUGGGAAGUUGGCCAGUGUGGGUGUUGGUGCUGGGUGUGGACAAAUGGCUGGUGUGGGAGGUGCAACAAUUGGCAAUGAGAGUCAGGCAUAUAGCGCAGAGCAUAGGCAUGGGCAAAUGGCUAGAGUGGAAGGUGCAGUAAUUGGUAAGGAGAGUCAGGCAGGUGGUGUGGGUCAUGGGCAGAUGGCUGGUGUGAAUUUUGGUGCUAGGUGUGGGCAGGUGGCUGGAGUGGGAGGUGCAGCAAUUGGCAUUGGGAGUCAGGCAGGUGGUGCGCGUCAUGGUCAGGUUGCUGGUGUGGGCGGUGCCUCAGGUUCCAAUGCAUGUCAAUCAAGUGGAGCUGGUUGUACCCAAGUGACUGUUGUGAACACAGCGACAAACAGCAGUGGGAGUCUGGUAGGUGACGCUGGGCAAGGGCAAGUAGCAGCAAAGGAGGGUAAUGGAGUGGUUUAUGUUGUUGAUGGCGAGAUUCUCUCUGUUGGUAUUGUAAAAGAAAAUCGUCUGACGCUUCACGGCCAUAAAAUUGAAAGAGGGUUUGCUUGUGUUUCAGUUACUUGCAUAAAAAAGCCAACUGUGCCUGCACCAGUAAUUUUGGGCGAUCCUGAAGAGAACAGUCAUCUACAGAAAGGGAUGUUCUUUGUCUUACCUAUUUCCAACAACAAAUCCACCCACAGUAGAAAACUUCCGUCAUUUGCAAUUGGUCUCGAUGUAUGGGACUUGAAAACCAUCUAG